CUCUAACGGCUCGUAGCUUCUAUCAUGGUUCAAUACUCGGCAGUUUAUCAGCAGUUUUCCCGUGUCGUCACUCGUCAUGCCGGUAAUCACUAACCACAGUCCCUCCUAUCGCAUAAACUUGCAGCCUCUCCCAUCCUCGAUCGACAACUGGCGAGAUUUUCACCACUCAAUUCUUCGUUGUCGCACGUCUUGUUUCUCUUUCUGCGGCGUUGAGUAACCUCUGAAGUCUGUCUAACUAGCACUGCUGCCCUGUGGAUAUGGAGAAGGAAUCGCUAGCAGGGAGCGAGCAUUCUCCCUCUGGAGACGAAAAGCAGGUCGAUUUGAAGGGGGAUAUUGUCAGUGCCGACAAUGGAAUCUACGACCCCGACGCACACCUCUCGCCGGAGGAGCGUGCCGUCAUCGAACGAAAACUGCUCUGGAAGCUCGACCUGCGCCUGAUCCCAUGGCUGUCGUUCCUGUACCUGAUCUCGUUCCUCGACAGAACGAACAUCGGGAAUGCGAAGGUGGACACGCUCCUGCGGGAUCUGAAGAUGACCGAAGUGCAGUAUAACAUCUGCCUGACGGUCUUCUUCAUUGCCUACUCGCUGUGCGAGCCGUUGACGAACGUGCUGCUGAAGAUCCUGCGUCCGAGUAGAUUCCUGACCGUCACGAUGGUACUAUGGGGGAUCUGCAUGGUCUGCAUGGGGCUGGUGCAUAACUGGCAAGGCCUCUGUGCUGUUCGCUUCUUCCUCGGGUUGGCGGAAGCUGGACUAUUCCCUGGCGUCAAUUACUACUUGUCAUGCUGGUACAAGCGCUCCGAAUUCGGCGUCCGCGCCGCCAUCUUCUUCAGUGCCGCCGCCCUCGCCGGUUCCUUCGGCGGCCUCCUCGCUGCCGCCAUCGUGCAAAUGCGCGGGAUCGGCGGAAAGCCCGGCUGGGCGUGGAUCUUUAUCCUGGAAGGUCUUGUCACGAUCGUCGCCGGCGUCCUGUGCAUCUGGCUCGUCCACGAUUUCCCGGAUGAGGCCAAGUUCCUGAGCGACGACGACCGCGCGCGCGUGCUGCGCCGGCUGCGCGACGACAAGCAGAGCUCGGCGGAGCACGAGGCGUGGAAGAACGACUAUCUAUGGGCGAGCUUGCGGGAUUGGAAGACGUAUGCGUUCGCGAUCAUCUAUAUGGGUGCGGACGGGACGCUAUAUGCGUUCUCGCUGUUCCUACCGACCAUUCUUACCCAGAUGGGGCAUUCGGGCAUCAAGGCGAACCUGCUGAGCGUGCCGCCGUACGCUGCCGCCGCGGUGGUGACGGUCGCCAUUGGGUAUAUCGCCGACCGGACAAGACAACGCGGACUCUGCAACAUCUUCAUAUCGUUGGUUGGCAUUGCUGGGUUUGUCAUGCUCAUCGGAACCAGCAACCCCCAAGUGCAGUACGCCGGAACAUUCCUGGGAGCCGUAGGCAUCUACCCUUGCAUCGCGAACUCGAUCUCCUGGUGCAGUAACAACGUCGAAGGCGUCUUCAAACGCGGCGUCACCCUCGGCAUUAUGAUCGGCUGGGGCAACCUGAACGGCAUCGUAUCAAGCAACAUCUACCGUGGCGUGGACAGGCCCCGGUUUUUCCCCGGUCACGCCACCCUCGUGGGGUAUAUGUCGGUUUUCCUCCUGGGCGGCAGCAUCGUCACGUACCUGUUGUUGCGGGCGGAGAACGCCAAACGGCUGCAGGGCAAGCGGGAUCAUUGGAUCGAGGGCAAGUCGCAGGCUGAGAUUGACAGGAUGGGUGAUAUGCGACCGGACUUCAUUUACACUCUGUAAAUUCUGGCGGAUAGAAAUUGCGUAUUGGCAAUAUGAAUGAACGUGCGGUUAUCAUCGCUGGAAUUCCAUUAUACAGCUCAGGGGUUUUCCCAGGUGCGGCCAUUUGACCAUGCUAGAUACGGUUCAUAAACGUGAAGCGAGAGGUUUCAUCUUUCGAAGAAUAGCCGCAUUAUCAGAGUGUUCGGUGGACUUUGGCAAAGAGACACGAAGAAAAUGGAACCACCUGCGCCUCCACCUGUUCUGCGGCAGACAUCGUGUCCGGGGCACUUCAUCCGUGGCCUGAUCCCAUACGCAGUAUUAUGAACAUCAGAUUGAAAAGAGUUAAACCAGAGAACCGAUCGUAUUCAUAUCUACGCUAAUACUCCAGCUGCCGUAUCGCCCUGCCCUGUCCCGUUUCCACUACAAUUC